UUCGGUGUAUAAACGAGAGUUGAUAACUUGUCUACAACUUAUCAGAUAUUAUUCAUUCGACAACCACAAUGGCGUAUCAGCUUUACAGAAAUACGACGCUAGGAAACAGUCUCCAAGAGAGUCUCGAUGAACUGAUUCAGACUCAACAGAUUACCCCACAGUUAGCUCUGCAGGUACUGCUUCAGUUUGACAAAGCCAUCAAUACUGCUCUGGCCAACCGGGUGCGCAACAGAGUGAACUUCCGGGGGUCGCUGAAUACAUACAGAUUCUGUGACAACGUGUGGACGUUUGUUCUGAAUGAUGUGGAGUUCCGAGAGGUCACUGACCUGGUGAAAGUGGAUAAAGUUAAGAUUGUGGCCUGUGAUGGAAAAAACACUGGCUCUAAUGCAGCAGAGUGAGAGAGAGAUGAAGAGGAAGAGGAGUACCAUGCUGACUGAGAACGUGGAGGUGAAGGACGACCACACACAGACAGGACUGUGUAUAUAGUAUUAUUUAUUUACAGAGGACGGCACUCGGUCCUGCUUCACUGCAGCCGGAUACGCGGCACAUUGGGAAGAGCAUGGACCAGUCAAGGCCUUGAAUAUCAUGGCAUUUUUAUAUAUUAUGUCAAA